AUGAAUCUAUUUGAAUAUUUGCCAAAACCAAACAUUUACUUAGAUCCAUAUAGUCCAGAAUAAAAAGAAUUAUAAUUUCAUUCAUCUAUUCUUACUUCAUAAAAAUCGUUUGAAGAAAAAGCUAAAUAAGCAUCAAUUGCAUUUGAAAAACUUUUCACUGAUUUUGAAAGUAAUCCAAUUACAUAAAAAUUAAUAAUAUGUUUAGAUAAAGAAUUUGUAAAUUUACUAUUAUCUGAAUUCGAAGAAAGAAAUCGAUUAAACAGAGUUAAAUAACAUUUUUCUCUAUUAGCCAUAGUAAGAGAUAAAUCAAAUAAUAAAGAAGGUUCUUAAGAUUCUUAAGAGUAUAAAUCUAAUAAGGAAUCUAGUUGA